UUUUCCUUUAAAGCCUAAAUUAUAUAGAUCUGUGAUCGAAGAUGUUAUUAAUGAUGUCAGAGACAUCUUUCUGGAUGAUGGAGUGGAUGAACAAGUCCUCAUGGAACUAAAAACUUUGUGGGAGAAUAAACUAAUGCAGUCUAGAGCAGUAGAUGGAUUUCAUUCAGAUGAGCAGCAGCUUUUAUUGCCAGUUCAACAGCAGCAUCAGCCUCAGCAGCAGCAGCAUCACCACCACCACCACCAUCAGCAAACCCAACCUCAGCAGACGGUACCUCAGCAAGCGCAGACCCAGCAGGUUCUUAUUCCUGCAUCACAGCAAGCCACAGCACCACAAGUUAUUGUUCCUGAUUCCAAGCUAAUACAACAUAUGAAUGCAUCAAACAUGAGUGCUGCUGCUACAGCUGCUACCUUGGCACUCCCUGCAGGUGUGACUCCUGUUCAGCAGAUUUUGACGAAUUCAGGCCAGCUUCUUCAGGUGGUCAGAGCAGCCAAUGGUGCCCAAUACAUCUUUCAGCCUCAGCAGUCAGUGGUUCUACAACAACAGGUUAUUCCACAAAUGCAACCUGGUGGAGUACAAGCUCCUGUUAUACAACAGGUACUGGCCCCUCUUCCUGGAGGGAUUUCGCCACAGACAGGUGUCAUCAUCCAGCCUCAGCAAAUCUUAUUUACAGGAAAUAAGACUCAAGUUAUACCUACAACAGUGGCAGCACCUACACCAGCACAAGCACAGAUAACUGCAGCUGGGCAGCAGCAGCCACAGGCCCAGCCUGCUCAGACUCAAGCUCCAUUGGUGUUACAAGUUGAUGGAACUGGGGAUACAUCAUCUGAAGAGGAUGAAGAUGAAGAAGAAGACUAUGAUGAUGAUGAAGAGGAGGACAAAGAGAAAGAUGGAGCCGAAGAUGGGCAGGUUGAAGAAGAACCCCUCAAUAGUGAAGAUGAUGUGAGUGAUGAGGAGGGACAAGAACUCUUUGACACAGAAAAUGUUGUUGUAUGCCAGUAUGAUAAGAUACAUAGAAGCAAAAACAAAUGGAAAUUUCAUCUCAAGGAUGGCAUUAUGAAUCUUAAUGGAAGAGAUUAUAUAUUUUCCAAAGCCAUUGGGGAUGCAGAAUGGUGAAGAGUUGCUUCUUUUAUUUUAUAAAUAAAACAAAAGAAACUUAAAAAAAAAUUAAAGCGGACAGUUUAAAACUUGGGACAUAUGCCAACCAAAACUUCACUUCUGCAUGUCAGAAAAAUGCAGUAGAAGCAAAGCUACUGGAACAAAGAUAGACCUUGACAACAUAGACACUACUUCUAACUGGCAAGCCAUGGAACUGUAGCAUCUGGGGUUGUUGGGGUGGGGGGAUUGGGGUUUUGUGUAGGAAAACCAUAAUUGAUAAUUUUAAAUACAGGUACCUGCCAUCGGUAAUUAGCAUGUAAGGCUUUGUCUAUAUCUUUCUCCAACUUGGGUUCAAUCCGAAGAUACUUGUUGGAAUGAACUGAAGAAGCUUCCCUUUUGAUAGAUUGAACUGAAAUUGCUUAUAUGUAUGUGGUUAUAUUUGGUAAAAAUUGCUCGUGAGCUUUUUACAAAAGGGUAAGAAUUAUGGUGUUGAAUUUUAAUUUACUUGUCUAAAGAAACAAUUUAGAAAAUCUCAUAAUAGGUCUUAAAUAUUUUUUACUUGCUAUUCUCCCUCAGCAAUAUAUACCUCUUCCUUCCCUGCUUUAUGAAACAUCUAUUUAAGAUUUAAAGGAAGUAAUCAAUCAGUAAUCACAGUUGGAGACAAAAUUUGACCCAGGAAUGGAUUUUUAUUUUGAUUAGAUAUUUAUACUUAUGAAAGAUAACUUGAAGACUGAGGUCUUGUCCGAAUUGAGUUGAAUUAAAAUAACAGCUUUAAUAUCCUUAAAGAGAAACUAUUUGUUUCUUUUAGUAUCACAUCUUAAAAAGAAACCCAGAUUUGGCCCCUCAGGAGUACAGUUUUAUUUCACAGUUACCAUCCAGCUGAACUUGCGUACACAUGAGUAUACUAUCUAGCUGAAAUUGUGUACAUGAGUAUAUGAGUCUCUGUAGAUUUUUCUGUUGGGCUGAAGUUUGUUCUUAUGUAUGUGUUUAACAUUCAGACAACAUUGUGCAUUGAUUGAAGCAUAGGGUGGGCAGGAGGUAGACCUGGAUUUUAUUAAACAAUUUAGUAAUUAUAAAAGUUUCUUGUGUUUACUAGUUAAAAAAUGAAAAAAAUCUCUUAUUCUAAUUGAACAAAAACUUUUAAAGCAAUUUUGUAAUUUGAGGGGAAAUUUUUGGGUUUUGGGGGGGAUGGGUUACUGAGUACAUAUUUACCUCUUUGAUUUGGUGGGCCUUCCAGGCCAGUGAUAAUAUAGAUAUGGCUCCAGUUUGCACAUUGGGAAGAAAACAUAGAAAUUUGACUUGUAUAUAUAAAAUGAUAGAAAUUUAAUAUGUAUGUGAAGAAUGCCUAGCUCUGGAUUCUGAAAGGGGCUCCAAAGAACAAUAUGGCACUGCUGUGUUCGGUGUGAAUCAGCUGUGUGGGAGAGCUGCAGGAACACUUCUCUUCACCUUGGUGUUCUUAUAAACCGAUUUGAUUUUACAGGAGAAAGUUGACAGGUUUAAGUUACUUGUAUAUUGAUUUUUUUUUUAUCUUCGAUUUUUGUCUUUUAUUUGCCUUUGUGUGUUUCUAGAAGUUAACACAUAAACUCUCUAAAGUACAUUGCAAAGGAGAAAACUGUGAGCCAUUAUAUUGUAUUCUUUCCUUUAUUUUUUUUUUUUAAACACAAAUUUUUAAGCUUCUUGAAAAAGGCUAAUAGGUUUUUGGUUUGGAUUUUUUGUUUUGUUUUUUUCUUUUCCUCUCCCUAUGUCCAACCCCACUUGCCAACUUGGUCUCUUUAACUUAUAUUCUGAGCUUUUGUAUAAAUGAUGGUGUUUAGUGUUUUACUAGUUAGGUUUUAUUUAGAUGCCAUAACUGAUGAUACAGUUUUUAUUUUGAUUUUAUUAAUUUAGUUUUUUUGAGAGGAAGUUUGUUUACCCCACUACUCUCAAAGCACACAGUUACUAUUAUUGUAAGACUGGGAGAAGAGGAGAGGGAAGGGAGUAAAAUCACAGAAGUCCCGUUGUUGAGUUGUCCUUCAGUAUUGUUGCUAGUAGAUUUAUAUUUACUCAGUGAAGAAGUCAACCACCUGAACUACCUAUAAAAUGGAGCAGUGCUGCAGUGUUGCUUAAAUGAAACCCUUUGGCUAUCUAGUAGUUCUUACGCUACUGAAAUUUGGAUUACUGUAUGAUACUCAGCUCUUAGGCCCUCUGUAGACAUUCAUUUUCAUAGUAGCUUGUAUACUGGCCUGUUUUUAUAACUUUAUUUUCAAACAUGAACAACCACUGCUUUCAAAAUGACUCACUAUGGUUAUUUUGAAGCAGGAAAUAACCAUUUGUAUUUUGCACCUGUUUAUUGCAUAUUAUGACAUACUGAGCAAAUACUUUUCUUACCAGUGCCAGUUACUGCAGCUAGGCCUGACAGAUGCUUUUCUUUGACCUGUGAAAAUUCUGAAAGCUGGUCCAAACAACACUGCAUACCAAAUUGUGCUCUUACAUGUUAAUACAUUGUGUUUCUUUUUAUCAGCAUGUUCUGGGUUUUAUUAUACUGGCUUUGUUAUAAGAAUGGCAUCUGCUUAUCUUUUAUUGUACUUGAAUUCUUAAUCAUGCUUUUAACAUUGUAUUUAACAAAUUACUAUUGCAUUAGGUUUCAUUAAAAUAUCAUUCCUUUGAAAAGACAAGGAAUUCCCACUUUCAGGAUUUAAGAAUGAAAGUAGUAUAUUUACCCAAAGGGGGGAAAUAGGGCAGACUUGAUAUAAUGAAAAUAUAAUGGUUUCAGAAAAGGAUUUGUUUUGAUUUGCACAGAUGGCGAAUGGCACCUUUAAAAAAAUUAACAGUGCUAAGGAAAAUUUACACAAAAUCACUAGAUAAAAUAUGGAAAUGUGUGCCUUUCAGUAUACGAACUCUUGCUUGGUGGUCAUUUGAGUAAUCAGACCACUUGAAUGGCUGAGAGCACAUUUAAUUUCUGUGGAAUGCUACAUAGGGCUAAAAUACUCUUAUAAUGUGCAAUUAGUUUCUAGAGUGAAAUGUCUGUUAUAUGAGGGGGAUCUUCAUACUGGGCUUUUGUAUAUUUUAAAUGUUCACAUUUCUUUUUGUUUAUUAAAUGCCAUCAUAAUGUCACACUUACACUGUUGCGUCUUUUAAUGUCAGAUCCACUCUGAUGUGAUUCUUCUAGGAUUACAUCAAGAUUUGAGCAGUGUCUAUAGUGAUUAAAAUGUGUUUUUGACAAGCAUAUUAGAUUGCGGUUUUAGAAAUAAGAACAUUAAAAUAUAAUAGCUUUUAUAUAAAGAUUUUCUUUUUCUAUAAUGAAUAUCAAGAAUUUGGUUUUCUUUUUUUCUGGCUUUUAUGGGGGAAAAAAGGCGUUGUCUCCCUUUAGGAGUAAUUUUUGAUUAUCUCAUAGCAAUACUGUCACCAUUAUUUGAGGUAAAUACACCUUGGUUAGGAAAACAGGUAUAACUUCCUCUUGGGAGUUCCCUUUAUAACUUAGCAUUUUCUUCCACUUAAGAAAAUUCCUAUAUUUUCAGAUGAUUUCAUCUUGAACUUUUUUGAGCUUUUGUGCAAUGUAAUUUUAUUGAUCCGCCUUUGUACAUUAUCAUUUCAUUACAUAUGUCUGUC